CGGGGCCGGCAGAGAGCCGUAGCUCAGAAGAAAGAUGAGACCAAUCCAGCGAGAUUAUGGAAGAGUGUAGCCACAUGCAAAAGCAGUUGGAUUUACAAAAUGGUAGCACCGAGGAAGGAUUUGUAGUGCAAUCCCUGGACACAGAUUCCCAAAAUAUGAUGGAGAGCCUAAGCCCCAAAAAAUAUUCUUCCAGCCUGAAAUUUAAAGCCAAUGGAGACUAUUCUGGUUCAUAUUUAACCCUCUCACAACCCGUGCCUGCUAAGAGGAGCCCUUCUCCUUUGGGCACCAAUGUCAGGAGCAGCCCCUCCUUGACCAAAAUCCAGGGGAGCAAGCAAUUCUCUGAUGAAACCGACAAGAGUAUGUCCAUGAAGCCUCCCACUCCCGUCCUUAGCACUACUCACUCCCUCAGUGGCUAUCCACUUGGAAGGGCAGAUUUUGAGCAUUAUACUGGCCGGGACACUGAAAGGUCCUCGAGACUUUCAGAGAAACCUCCCUAUUCUAAAUACAGCUCUAGGAAUAAAUCCCAUGAUAAUGUCUACUUUUUUGGAGGACUGGAAGGACGAAAGGCAUCUGGCUCACUCCUGGCCAUGUGGAAUGGUGGUUCCCUGAAUGACAGUGGGCCCCCUCCCAUCAGCAGAUCUGGGGCAGCUAGCAUGCCUUCAAGCCCAAAGCAAGCCAGGAAAAUGAACAUUCAGGACAACCUGGCACUUCAGCCCAAGUUAACCCGACACAAGGAAYCUGCAUCUGAAAAUGUCAGUUUAAGAACUAGGAAGUAUUCAGGCAGCAGCCUAAGCCACAUGGGAGCCUACAGCAGAUCGCUUCCCAGGUUGUACAAAGCCACAGAGAACCAGCUGACRCCUCUCAGCUUGCCUCCAAGAAAUUCUCUCGGCAAUUCCAAACGAACCAGACCACCGGGGGAAAAGGAUCUACCUCAUAGCGUGAUAGACAAUGACAAUUACCUUAAUUUUUCCUCUCUAAGCUCAGGGGCUUUACCUUAUAAAACCUCUGCCUCUGAGGGCGUUCCUUAUGCAAGUUCCACCCUCAGUGUACCUGCCAGUCCUCGGGUGGCUCGGAAGAUGCUUCUGGCCUCCACCUCCUCCUGUGCCUCUGAUGACUUUGACAGGGCUCUAUUCUCGGGGACCAGCCCAAGCCAUUCAUUUCCUACUGUGGAAAUAGACAGAGUGUUCGUGGCCAGGAGGAACUUCUCUUGUGGCUCUGUGGACUUCGAUGACACUGAGUUGGACAGCCUCAGACAGGCCUCAGGGACCCCCCAGCCUGUCCUUCGGGAAAGGAAAAGCAGUAUCAGCUCCAUUUCAGGACGCGAUGACCUCAUGGAUUAUCAUCGGCGACAGAGGGAGGAAAGAUUGAGGGAGCAGGAGAUGGAGCGAUUGGAAAGACAGCGUCUGGAGACCAUCCUCAGUCUCUGUGCUGAGUACACAAAGCCUGACAGUCGCUUGUCCACAGGCACGACCGUGGCAGAUGUGCAGAAAAUCAACAGGGAACUUGAAAAGCUGCAGAUCUCCGAUGAGGAGUCCGUGUUUGAAGAAGCCCUGGUGUGCCCUGACACAAGAUACAGGUGUCACCGGAAGGGCUCUCUCCACAAUGCGGAUUUGGCGGGCUUUGGGAGCCUCAGUCAGAGCAGUGCCAGCUUCCUCGCCCCCAGGAACAUCAGGAACGAUGAACUGCUUGGUGACCUCACCAGGACUCCCCCAACACCCCAGUCUGCCUUUCUGAAAGCUUCCAGCGAGUCCUCCUACCUAAGUAUCUUACCAAAGACCCCAGAAGGGAUAAGCGAAGAACAGAGGACUCAGGAGUUAGCCACAAUGGAAGAUGCCAGAAUCACAAUUCUGAACAACCUUGAAGAACUUGAACAAAAAAUCAAAGAUAUAAAUGACCAGAUGGAUGAAUCCUCCAGAGAGUUGGAUAUGGAAUGUGCUCUUUUGGAUGGAGAGCAGAAAUCCGAAACAACUGAACUUAUGAAGGAGAAGGAGAUUUUGGAUCAUCUAAACCGGAAAAUAGCAGAACUGGAAAAGAACAUUGUUGGUGAAAAGACCAAGGAGAAGGUAAAGCUUGAUGCUGAAAGGGAAAAACUAGAGAGGCUUCAGGAGCUUUACUCCGAGCAGAAGACCCAGCUGGACAAUUGUCCUGAGUCCAUGAGGGAACAGUUACAACAACAACUGAAGAGGGAUGCUGACCUGUUGGAUGUUGAAAGCAAACACUUUGAAGACCUAGAAUUCCAGCAGCUUGAGCAUGAGAGCCGUCUGGAUGAGGAAAAGGAGAACUUGACCCAACAGCUCCUGCGUGAAGUGGCUGAAUAUCAGCGGAACAUAGUCACUAGAAAGGAAAAAAUUUCUGCACUGAAAAAACAAGCCAAUCACAUUGUUCAGCAGGCUCAGAGAGAACAAGACCAUUUUGUAAAAGAAAAGAAUAAUUUAAUAAUGAUGCUACAAAGAGAAAAGGAAAAUCUUUGUAAUUUGGAAAAGAAAUACUCCAGCCUUUCUGGGGGAAAAGGGUUUCCUGUUAACCCCAGUACGCUCAAAGAGGGCUAUCUCAUUGUAAGUGAAAUUAAUGAGCCAUGUGGCAAUUCCACGAAUCUGUCCCCUUCCACUCAGUUCCCUGCUGAUGCUGAUGCUGUUGUCACUGAGCCCGCCUCAGCUGUGCCGCAAAGACCACCUGUCUGUUCUGGAUUUAUGUUUCCUUCCACUCUUUCUCCUCAUCCUGUCAUUCAACCUUCAUCAACCCCUUGGCCCGAAGUCAUGGCUCCACCUGUUGAUCCUUUCCCUUUAAAUGACACACCUCCUCCUCUACCAGCUAAGAAACACAGAAGGCAACAGCAGCAGGAACCACAGCACUUUAGAAGUCUGGAAGAAAGGAAAAAACAGCAUAAAGAAGGCCUCUAUCUGAGUGACACUUUGCCUCGAAAGAAAACCACACCUUCCAUCUCCCCACAUUUCAGCAGUGCCACAAUGGGGAGAAGCUCCACCCCAAAGGCUCACCUGCCUCUGGGACAGAGCAACAGCUGUGGCAGUGUGCUCCCUCACUCGCUGGCAACCAUGACCAAAGACUCAGAAUCUCGGAGGAUGCUCAGAGGUUAUAAUCACCAGCAGAUGAGUGAAGGACAAAGGCAGAAAUCCGAAUUUUACAACCGCACAGCAUCUGAGUCAAAUGUGUACUUGAAUAGUUUCCAUUAUCCAGACCACAGCUACAAGGACCAGGCCUUUGACACUUUGAGCCUGGACAGCUCUGACAGCAUGGAGACCAGCAUCUCUGCCUGCUCACCCGACAAUAUCUCUAGUGCCAGUACUUCAAAUAUUGCUAGAAUAGAAGAAAUGGAGAGGCUGUUGAAACAGGCUCAUGCCGAAAAGACACGGCUGCUUGAAUCCAGGGAACGGGAAAUGGAAGCCAAAAAACGAGCUCUGGAAGAAGAAAAACGACGCCGAGAACUCCUAGAAAAACGAUUGCAGGAAGAAACUAGCCAGAGGCAGAAGUUAAUAGAGAAGGAAGUGAAAAUAAGGGAGAAACAAAGGGCACAGGCUCGUCCCUUGACACGUUAUCUACCUGUCCGGAAGGAAGACUUUGAUUUGCGAAGCCACGUAGAAACUGCUGGCCACAAUAUUGACACCUGUUAUCACGUAUCCAUCACAGAGAAGACCUGUCGAGGAUUCCUCAUCAAAAUGGGUGGAAAAAUUAAAACUUGGAAAAAACGUUGGUUUGUUUUUGAUCGAAAUAAGAGAACAUUUUCUUAUUAUGCAGAUAAGCAUGAAGCUAAAUUAAAAGGAGUAAUAUACUUUCAAGCCAUUGAAGAAGUAUAUUAUGAUCACCUUAAGAAUGCUAAUAAGAGCCCUAAUCCAUUACUCACCUUUAGUGUCAAGACGCAUGACAGAAUCUAUUAUAUGGUGGCCCCAUCACCCGAAGCCAUGAGGAUCUGGAUGGAUGUGAUAGUUACCGGGGCAGAAGGAUAUACUCACUUCUUGUUGUAGUGAAUAGAAGAAAUCGUCCACUUCAGGGCAGACUGCAAUAAUCCCAUACAAGAAUGAAGCCAUAUGCAAUCUCAGAUGGAAUGACCUGACACACCCCUCCUUUAACUGUACAUGCUCAGAACUCUUUUCUUAUUGGGAAGUCUUUUGUAAAAAGAAAGAAGAAGCUUAAUUCAAAGUUUGAUCAUACAUAGCAAAAGAAUUAAAGUUCCUGUGAGAAACACUAUUUUGAUAAAUAUCAUAUAUGAACAUUUCAUAUGAACUAUUUUUAYCAAUUGUUGGUUUUGGUGAAAUGAAUAACAGUUUACAAAAUGUCUGUAUAUAUGUACUUGGAAAUAUGGAAUUAUUUUAGCAUCCAAAUCAUUGCCAUUGACAUUAUUGGUAAUCAACUGACUUUUUAAAAAACAGCAUUUUAUAAAAACAAGCAAAUAAGGGCUUGGAGGAGAAUGUCCUUUAAGAAUUUUGCCUUAAUUUUUAAGUACUGCACCAAAACCAAAGACUUGGCAUGACUUCUAUUUAACAGUAGUAGUUUCAAGUAGUGACUGCACUUGGUGUUGCUCUAUAUUUUUAAAUGAUAUUUUGAUGCCAUUAAGUGCCGUGGAAAUUGUCAUUGCAAUGUCAUCAUCAGUAUAAGCUAUGAAACAUAUAUAGUAAACCAUUUAUUAUAAAAGAAUAAAAAAAUAGCUGUGUGUUUCAAAAAAAAAAAAAAAGCCCCUGUAGACAACAGACAUUCUCUCAUAUUGAACAAUUUUAAAUAAAGAGAACAUUUGAUGUUAGGAACUUAUUUUGCUGAAGAUUUCUCCAUUCCCAAUGCUGAGAGUAAAGGCAACCAGUAACAUAUUUUCUUUAUGGAUUGUUAUGGAGCAUACUUAUUAACUGCAGCCUCUCAUGACUUAACUCUGAAUUCAUAGCUCUGUUUUCACCAAAGAACAGAAUAAUUAAAAUACCUAUUUACAGAAAUGGUGUAGUUCUAUAAAAAGGCAAGCAAAGUUCACUUAACAUUCUCUAUAAUAGUUUAUUAUGUAUUUCUUCUACUUAGCUUUUGUUUUUUGGAGUUAAAUUAAUUUUUGUUGAAUUAAAUGACUUCAGGCAAGUCUCUUUUAUAAUGGUUUUUCGGAUGCCAUUUAAUCUAGUUUUCCAUGUUUUGUGUGUUUGUAAGUAUGAAUGUACUCUUUCCCAGACAUGGCAAAUAAAUAGAAGUAGAAAACAAUGACAUAACUUACAAAGGGGAAAUGACUAGCUUAAAAGUGUCUAUAAAAUCCGUCAGGCCUGAUUGGGUACAAUUUUCUUUUUUAUUUUGCAACGUAGUCUGUAUACAUAUGUACCUGUUGCCAAUAAUAAGAUUUUGCAACUGGAUGACACAAGAUUUUACUUGAACAAUGAAGGACAAAAAUCAUGAUUGUAGAAGAUAUUUUUAAAAUAUGAUUUUAAAGAGAUCACCUUUAAACUGAUUAAUGAUCUAAGAGAUUGAAAUGCAAUUGUUGAGAUUUUGUUGGUUAAUAUGAAGACAAAACUUUUCUGUACUGUAUUAUCUCCAUAGGAUUGUAAGGGUAUUCUAAUCAAUUUGCAUGAUUUAAACCUUUUAAAUUUGUGUGUUAAAUGUAUUGAGUUUGGAUUAAAAUGUUGACCUGAUUUCA